AUGAUCAUACGUGAGUGCGUCUAUGAAGUUGCACAGUCGAAUCAAGGAGAGGUACUUAUCGCAGAAUGUACCGCUAGUGGAAAAGUGGUCGCUAUUUAUUUUGUCGACGAUGACUUGAAUUUGUUGAUUGAAGACCUUAACGGGGCCUAUCCAACAGUUAAGUUCGUUCCCGGAACUCCUACUCAAACUUCGAUUAUUCUUCGAGCCAUCAACGAGCUUGAUUGUACUAUCAAGAUUAACAUGGUACACAAAAGCGAUACGACUUUCGGAAUGCAAGUUUACACAGCGAUUAUGAAUAUUCCUAAAGGACAAACUCGUUCAUAUUCAGAUAUCGCAAGAGAAAUUGGUAACCCAUCGGCCACAAGAGCUGUUGCUGGAGCCUGCGCCCGUAACAAUUUGGCAUACAUUGUCCCUUGUCAUCGUGUUAUCGGUACAAAUGGAAAUAUGUCUGGAUACCGUUGGGGAAUCGCCAAAAAAAGAGCUUUGCUUCAGGCGGAAGGAGCCGAGCUAAGAUUUUCUGCGAUGUAG